AUGACAACGGACGAAGAGGACACCUAUACCCCUCUAACCGAGCAAAGAGUCUUUGGCGCAGGGAUCAAGCGCAAGAGAAUUGACUUCGUACCAGCAUCCACCACCCCAAGCGAACUGCCUACUUCAUCCUCACCCGCGAAACCCUCUCGUAUGAUUGGGAACCGCUACCUCUCCAUCGUCCUGCCUACGACCAUCGCGCAGGAAGAGCGGAAAGAAUCACAAACCAGAUCAAUUGAAUCCGAAUCCGAAUUCAGUACAUGCCCUAUCUGCAGUCAGCCAGUUUCGGAAUCCACCGAACGCAGGAACCCCGGGCUGACUAGUUCCCACGAGUCGUCCAUCGCGCAUCAAGUCUGCUUGGAGCACUCACACCAGCCAUCACACCUGGACCGAGAGCAUAUGGGUGUCAAGUACAUGGCUGCCUACGGGUGGGAUGUUGAUGGCAGGAGAGGGCUGGGCGCGCGCGACGGGGGAAUCACGAUUCCCAUCAAGGUAAAAGAGAAGAAAGAUACGGCUGGGCUGCGCGAGACAGUUGAUGACGAUGGUGAGGACGCGGUGACGAUGAAGAAGAAGAAACAUGUCGUGAAAAAGGUGGAGAAGCCUAUUGUGCUGAACGCUAGGGAGCUCAAGCGGAAAGAUAUCGAGGACAGAAAGCGAAUGGACCGGCUGCGGCAAUCCUUUUACGGGCCUGAUUUGGAACAAUAUCUGGGACCCGAUGGCUGA